AUGAACGCACCCAACCAGCCUUCUCGCCAGGACUCCAUGUCUUCGCAGUCCUCAUUGUCGACAGACCAGUCGCCCAACCAGAUGGCCCCGCCGCCUCAGGCCCCCUCCGCCCAGGCCCCGUCAACCGAGGCCUUCCUCCGCGACUUCACCCUCGUCGCUGAGGCCGCGAAACGUGCCCAGAUGGCCGUCAUGAUGCGCGACUUCGAGGCCUGCGGUCUGUCGUAG